UGUUCGGUAGGGAAAAUUAAGGAAAUACCAGACUGCCAGCAACCGUGGUACUUCGGGUUUCAUGACUCCCGUUUGACAGCGACGACGCGACAGCAGGCCACCACGCCACCGGUCAGCUCUAUGACCAUGCUCCAGCAAAAGUCGCUGUACGGCGAUACGGGCGUCAUGACCACGAUGUCCACCAACAUCGCGCCCUCGUACACCUCGAUCGCGAAUCCGAUGAUGCCGAUGGGCAUGUCGAUGGGCGUCGGACCUAACUGCAGUCCGCAAGGUACCAGCGGUUUCAACAUGGGCACCAUGGGCACGAUGGGAAUGACAACGAUGGGAAGCGGCGGCAUGGCGAGUAUGGCGGGUUACAAUGGGGCGGCCAUGAGCACCAGCGGUACUUGCGUCGGAUACGGACCGCUGACAACCGGUACCGCCGGCGGUGUCAGUCGCGAUCCUCUCGGUUCUCUAACCGAACCGGAUUCGCCGAAUUCGGCGUUGCAGCGCGCACGAACCGACAAGUCCUAUCGACGUAGUUACACGCACGCGAAACCGCCGUAUUCCUACAUCAGCCUGAUCACUAUGGCAAUACAGAACGCACCGCACAAGAUGCUCACGCUUUCCGAGAUCUAUCAGUUCAUUAUGGAUCUAUUUCCGUUCUACAGACAGAAUCAACAACGCUGGCAGAACUCGAUCAGGCAUUCUCUCAGUUUUAACGAUUGCUUCGUCAAGGUGCCGCGCACGCCGGACAAACCCGGCAAGGGAUCAUUCUGGACGCUUCAUCCGGACAGCGGCAACAUGUUUGAGAACGGAUGUUUUCUACGGCGCCAGAAGAGGUUCAAGGACGAAAAGAAGGAGCUGACUAGGCAGACCAACAAGCACCAACAGCAUCAGCAGCAUCAAGCGACGGCGGCGGUGGUGGCUGCGGCGGCAUCGAGCGUAAACAUCGCCAGCCACAGUCCACCCACUCACGAAGGCGCGCCCGGUUCUAAGAAGACCGGUUCAUCGAUCCACCACGGCGGUCCUCAGCAGCAAGACGACAAGGAUCUUCACUCGCUGGUAUCCUCGCACCACCACCAUCACACGGCCAGUCUGCAUCAGCAUCACACUUCUCUGAAAAGCGACACCACCGACAUAGGCGGUCUCCUCGGACCCGAUCUCGGCGCCGCACACGACGAGCUAACCGCUAUGGUGAAUCGCAGUCUUGCACAUCCGCACUUGUUGUCCGAUACCGCGAGUCUGCAUCACGGUAUGCCGGGCAGUCUGAAACAGGAACCGUUGUACACGGCGACCAGUCAUCCGUUCAGCAUCAACAGGUUAUUGCCGCGCGAUACAGCCGGCACAUCGCCCGGUGCUCAAGAUACCAAACCGCCGGAGAUGAAGAUGUACGAACUGCACCAAAGUUACGCAAAUUUCAGUUCGCCCCAUCAUCCGCACGCGCAUUCGGCGCCUCCGAGCCACCAUCACCACAACGGCAUGCACGCCGGCACGAACGCCGCCGGUCCGAUGCACAUGACGAACCACCAUCAUCAAGAAUAUUACCAGAGCCCGCUCUAUCAUCAUGCCACCAACGUGACGACCACGAGCGCUCCGCCGCCGCCUGCCGUUGCUACUGCCGGUUUGUGA